UAAAGUUUCAAUUUUUAUGAGAUCCCUUUUGUAGAUUGAUUAGUAAAGCAUUAAGCAAUCCCUCCCAUAUGGCCCAAGCUGGAACAAGAAGAAGAAGAAGGAAAGCAUCCUAUUGGGCUGCAAUUCGAAAAGGACGGCCCCCAUUGAAUCAACCAUAUAAGAUUCAUUGGGAAUCCCUUGUAAGAUAUGCACUUUCGUCAAUCUUUCAUAGGAAAUCAGAGAUUUUGAACGGAAACUCAUACUCCGUGCCCGAGGAGCUAAGGUAUUGAAUCAAAGAUUUGAGCUUUGAAGCAUUUUUGGGCUCAGUAUGUAAUGGAAGGGAAUUGAAGAAAAAGGAUAACUAUGGCAACGUUUGUUUGCGGGUUUGUGUUGCCAUCGCUGCUCUUGACAGCUGCUUUACUGGAUUGGAAUUUGAUCUCUCUUGUUGAUUUGGUGGCUUCACUUCUUAUUCGAUUCACUGCUCCAAAACGAGGAUUUCGUUUCCGAGGGAGGAUUCUUUUGUGGUUCGUUUGUGUAUUUUCUCUUCUUGUAAUUAUUACAGAAGUAACUUUUCUUACUGUACUGGCCAUUGUUGGUUCCGAGUGGUGGGUAGCAGAUGCCUGGUGGGCAAAGCUAAUUGGACUAAUAAAAGUCCAGUCUUGGAGAUCACCCUUAGGAAUUUAUUUCUUGACUUUGCAUCUAUUAGUGGCGGGUGUGACUUUCUUAGAAAUUCGCAGUGAUAGAUAUGGAUUGUUUCAAUCAAGGAGGGAUUCAUGCUGGGGGCAUCUCUCAUCAGCUUUUGAGCAUGUAGGUUCUCGUCUUAGGGUGGCCUCUUGCUUAUUUCUCCCUGGCAUUCAGUUAAUUGUGGGAAUCAGCAAUCCGUCUUGGCUUUCUUUGCCAUUCUUUAUAUGCAGCUGUGUUUCCCUGGUUGAUUGGUCUUUAACAAGCAACUUUUUAGGCCUUUUUAGGUGGUGGAGGGUUCUUUGGCUAUAUGCUGGCAUUAGCAUUUGUUUACUUUAUGUGUAUCAGCUCCCUGUUCCGUUCCCACAAAUGUUCCAUACUGUAGCUGAUUUCCUUGGUCUCUUUGAAAUAUCUGCAAAAUCAAGCUGGCAACAGAUUUGUUCUGGGCUCACCCUUUUGAUAUUUUACUACAUGCUUUCGUUUAUUAAGUGUGAUUUGGAGGAAAUGUAUCUCAUUGUGACCAGCAUGGAAGGGUCCUUGACUGAACAGCUUCUUCCCUUGAGGCAUUCCUUUUCCUUUUUCGUCCGAGAAUCCAAAUCUGGUGUAAGACAUACCAAUGUUUUGUUGAGAAGUACAGUUUUUCGGAUUUUCACAAUCAACUUUUUCACAUAUGGCUUCCCGGUCUCCUUGUUUGCGCUCUCAUUUUGGAGCUUCCAUUUUGCUAGUAUAUGUGCAUUUGGACUGCUUGCAUAUGUUGGCUACAUUUUAUAUGCUUUUCCUUCACUGUUUCGCAUGCACCGAUUAAAUGGUUUGCUACUAGUCUUCAUACUUUUCUGGGCUGUGAGCACGUAUAUCUUCAAUGUGACGUUUGCUUUCUUGAACUUGAAUCUUGGGAAGGACAUGGAGAUUUGGGAGAUGGUUGGAUUGUGGCAUUAUCCUAUUCCCGGUUUCUUCUUACUUGCCCAAUUUUGUCUUGGAAUUCUUGUUGCUGUGGGUAACCUGGUAAAUAAUUCUGUCUUUCUGUGCUUAUCCGAUGAGGAGCAACACCCAUCAACUAACAGCAUUAUUGAGGAAGAGAAGGAAGAGACCAAAAUAUUGAUUGUGGCUACAAUUGCCUGGGGUUUGCGCAAAAUUUCUCGGCCUGUCAUGCUGAUCUUAAUAUUCCUGAUUGCAGCUAAACCUGGUUUCAUCCAUGCUGUUUAUAUUGUAUUCUUUUUUGUGUACCUUCUGAGCCAUGAUAUCAGCAUGAGGAUCCGCCAAUCCUUAAUCCUUCUAUGUGAGGCUCAUUUUGUAUUUUUAUACAUUCUUCGGCUUAAUCUGGUCUCAAAAGCUCUAGAGCAAAAGGGAUCAUUGAGUAUGGAGAUUCUGUCUCAGCUAGGUCUUCUUUCGAUCGAAAGUUCUUGGGAUUUCCUUGAAGUAGCUCUUCUUGCAUGCUUCUGUGCCAUCCAUAACCAUGGCUUUGAAAUGUUGUUCUCAUUCUCAGCAAUUGUGCAGCAUACUCCUUGUCCUCCUCUAGGAUUUAGCAUUUUGAAAGCUGGUUUGAACAAAUCGGUUCUAUUGUCAGUUUAUGCUUCUACCACCCCCAGAGAGUGUAACUAUGAUUCUUCACAUGAGAGGAGGAUAGCAUUGUACCUCAGUGCUAUUGGGAAGAAAGUUUUGUCCAUAUAUAGAUCAUUUGGAACAUAUAUUGCUUUUCUGACAAUCCUUCUCACAGUGUACAUGGUUAGGCCCAAUUACCUAUCAUUUGGAUACAUCUUCCUUCUACUUCUCUGGAUCAAUGGGAGGCAACUAGUUGAGAAGACAAAACGACGUAUUUGGUUUCCAUUAAAGCUAUAUGCAAUUGCAGUGUUCAUUCUCAUAUAUAGUUUGAGCAUCUUUCCCAGUUUUGAGUCAUGGAUGUGCGGAAAACUAGAUCUGUUUGCAUACUUUGGGUAUAAUCCUGAUGGCGCGCUGUUUGAAAAUGUUUGGCAGUCUCUUGCAAUCGUAAUUGUAAUGCAACUCUAUAGCUAUGAAAGGCGGCAAAGCAAAUAUUUUAAGUCAGAAGUUCUCUGUCCAUCUCAAUUUGGAAUAGUUGGUUUCGUCAGGCGGCUUGUCAUUUGGCACAGUCAAAAGAUGUUGCUUAUUUCAGUGUUUUAUGCAUCAUUAUCUCCAAUAAGUGCAUUUGGAUUUCUUUAUCUUAUUGGUAUUGUCCUCUGUUCGAAUCUACCUAAAACUUCCCGAAUUCCAUCCAAAUUGUUCCUAGUUUACACAGGACUUCUAGUCACCACUGAGUAUAUGUUUCAGAUGUGGGGUAAAGAUGCUGGUAUGUUUCCUGGACAGGAAUACUAUAAUUUGUCCCUCUUCUUGGGCCUCCGAGUAUACAAACCAAACUUUUGGGGUCUUGAAGCAGGUUUGAGGACGAAAGUUUUGAUCAUUGCCCUGUGUAAUCUUCAAUACAAUGUUUUCUACUGGUUAGAAAAUAUGCCUAGUUCUCUUUUAAGUGCUGAUGGAUUUGAGGAACCUUGCCCGUUGUUUGUGUCAGCAGAAGAUAUAUUGCCAGUUCUUUCCAAUGGGGAAAUCCAGUCAACAUCACACACUGGUGAACUAUCUAACCAAAGGAUAGGCAUGACUAGCAAGUCAUGGGGAUCCUUCAGCCGUACUCUUUACCAAUCACCUGAUGAUGGGCCUUCUUCUAACAAAGGAUUCUCUGAUAAUAGACGCAGUAGUAAGUAUUCAUUUGGAUAUCUUUGGGGAAGCAUGAAGGAAAGUCAUAAGUGGAAUAAAAGACGGAUUAUUUCCUUGAGAAGGGAAAGACUUGACAUGCAGAAGACUACCUUAAAAGUAUACCUCAAGUUUUGGGUGGAGAAUAUGUUCAAUCUUUUCGGGCUUGAGAUCAAUAUGAUUGCAUUGCUUCUUGCCAGUUUUGCUCUGCUUAAUGCUAUUUCUAUUCUCUACAUUGCAUUACUUGCUGCCUGUGUUCUUUUAGGACGGCGCAUUAUACGUCAAAUCUGGCCAAUUUUUGUUAUGUUGUUUGCUUCAAUUCUUGUGCUUGAAUAUUUUGCCAUGUGGAAGAAGCAGAUGUCAUCAAACUAUGAAGAUGCCAACAUGCACUGUCAUGGUUGCUGGAAGAACUCGAACACAUAUUUUGGUUAUUGCAAUAAGUGUUGGCUAGGGCUUACUGUUGAUGAUCCUCGGAUGCUGAUCAGCUACUUCGCUGUCUUUAUGCUUGCAUGUUUCAAACUUCGCGCAGAUCGUGCUUCCAGCUUUUCAUGGCCAUUUACAUAUCGCCAGGUGAUUUCUCAGCGUAAGAAUUCUUUCGUUUGGCGAGAUCUGUCUUUUGAAACCAAAAGCAUGUGGACGUUUCUUGACUACCUGAGGCUUUACUGCUAUUGUCAUCUUUUGGAUCUCGUGCUGGCUUUGAUUUUGAUUACGGGUACCCUUGAGUAUGACAUUCUUCAUCUUGGAUACCUUGGUUUUGCUCUCAUAUUCUUCCGGAUGAGACUUAAAAUACUCAAGCAGAAAAACAAGAUAUUCAAGUAUCUACGUAUAUACAAUUUUGCUGUUAUUGUACUCUCUCUUGCUUAUCAAGCUCCGUUUAUUGGUGAUUUCAAUGCGGGGAAAUGUGAAACAGUUGAUUACAUUUAUGAGGUGAUUGGAUUUUAUAAAUAUGACUAUGGGUUUCGGAUUACUUCAAGAUCAGCUUUGGUUGAGAUCAUCAUAUUUGUUCUAGUAUCGUUGCAGUCGUAUAUGUUUUCCUCGUCGGAGUUUGAUUAUGUGUUCCGGUAUCUUGAGGCGGAACAAAUUGGCGCCAUUGUAUGUGAGCAAGAGAAAAAAGCUUCGUGGAAGAAAGAACAAUUACAGCACAUUCGUGAAUCGGAUGAGAAGAAACGCCAGCGUAACCAGCAAGUGGAGAAGAUGAAAUCCGAGAUGCUCAACCUACAGGUCCAACUUCAUAGCGUGAAUCCUACCGGCACGUGUGGCGAAACUUCUCCUGCUAGUGAAGGCUUGAGGAGGCGGAGAACUGCUUCAUUUAUGGACUCAGACAGUGGUGAUCCCGGUAAACAGGAGAUGAAUGCCCAUCCAGAUUUGCUGUUUGAUUUUCCUGAAUCUCCUGGCACUGCGAGGUUUGCCAGCCCAUUCACGUUAGAAUUUGUAAAGCACUCUAUAGAGUCUCCUCUAUAUGAGAUAACCGAGAUAACUGAACUUGACGAAGAUGCACCCGAUGAUUCUCUUAGUGAUACAGAAAAAGAAAGGAUAAAUGUAAAUAGCCAAUUAAAAGAGAAUCCAUUGGCUUCUGCUGUACAGUUAAUAGGGGAUGGGGUCUCUCAGGUACAAUCAAUUGGAAAUCUAGCAGUCAACAACAUCGUGAGCUUUUUGAACAUAACGCAAGAAGAUUCUGAUUCUGAGUCUUUACCAGCUGGAGAGGGUAUUCAUGGUGAGAGACACAGCCAAUACGUGAGGAGUACACACCUGGAUCGUGCAGCUUCUCUGCAAUCGGACAAGAGCAGAGCGUCUGAAGCUGCAAGUCUGCAAAUCGGGAGAAUAUUCUCUCACAUAUGGUAUCAGAUGCGUUCCAACAACGAUGUUGUGUGCUACUGUUGCUUUGUUCUCGUGUUUCUUUGGAAUUUCAGCUUGUUGUCUAUGUUUUACCUGGCUGCUCUCUUUCUAUAUGCUCUGUGCGUCAACACUGGGCCAAGCUACAUCUUUUGGAUAGUCAUGUUAAUCUAUACGGAAUUCUACAUUUUGAUUCAGUAUCUUUAUCAAGUUGUCAUUCAACAUUGCGGUUUCAGCAUCCAGUCAAACUUUCUUCCCGAGUUGGGGUUUCCCACCAAAAGGAUAACAUCGUCUUUUGUGAUUAGUUCACUACCGUUAUUUAUGGUGUACUUGUUCACUCUCGUACAGAGUUCUAUAACUGCAAAAGACGGUGAAUGGUUUUCUCUAGCAUAUGGGAAUAUUAAAGGAAGGCUAGUGGACUGGAAAGAAGUUCCCAUGGGAUCGAGCUGGAAUGAGAAGGUGAAGAAGCUAUUUCAGCCGUUGAAAAGUAUGUUGAAAAUAGUGAUCAGAAGCGGUUGCAGAUACUGGAAAUCACUGACACAGGAAGCAGAAUCGCCUCCAUACUUUGUCCAAUUGUCCAUGGAUGUGAAUGUGUGGCCAGAGUACGGGAUCCAGCCCGAAAGAAUUGAAUCGGGAAUAAACCAGUUGCUGUUGUUGGUGCAUAACGACAGAUGCAAGAAUGAAAACCCUAAUUAUUGUUCCUGCGUGAGCAGGGUUCAGAUUCAAAGCAUUGAGAAGAGUGCUGAAAAUCCGAACAUGGCUUUAGCUGUUUUCGAAGUGGUUUCUUCAUGCCCGCUUACAGAAUGUACGCCUGAAGAACCGUUCAAGUCCCUCACUCCAGCUGCUGAUGUAGCACAGGAUAUUCUUAAAGCACAAUCCUUGGGUUUUGUCGAAAAUAUUAGAUUUCCGUACCCUAUACUCUCCAUCAUUGGAGGUGGCAGAAGAGAAAUUGAUCUUUAUGCCUACAUCUUCGGUGCUGAUCUGACCGUGUUUUUCUUGGUAGCUAUUUUCUACCAAUCUGUUAUAAAAAACAAGAGUGAUUUUCUGGACGUUUCUCAACUAGAGGAUCAGUUCCCUAAAGAGUUCGUAUUUAUGCUGAUGGUUAUUUUCUUCUUGAUUAUGGUUGAUCGUGUCAUAUACCUUUCUUCAUUCACCUCGGGGAAAGUGAUUUUCUACCUUUUCAAUCUCAUUCUUUUCACAUAUGUUGUCACGGAAUAUGCUUGGGGUACAGAUUCUUUACAGCAGAGUGCUGCAGGAUUAGCCCUCCGUGCAAUAUAUCUCACCAAAACGAUUUCUUUGGCUUUACAAGCCAUCCAAAUCCGUCAUGGCAUUCCCCACAAAAGUACAUUGUAUCGCCAGUUUCUAACCAGCAAAAUCUCACGAGUCAAUUAUAUUGGCUACCGACUUUACCGUGCCCUGCCAUUCCUCUAUGAACUGAGAUGUGUGCUUGAUUGGUCUUGCACAAAAACAUCAUUGACAAUGUACGACUGGUUAAAGCUAGAAGACAUAAAUGCAAGCUUGUAUCUUGUCAAAUGCGAUGCUGUUCUGAAUCGAGCAACACAUAAACAAGGCGAGAAGCAGACCAAGAUGACUAAAUUCUGCAACGGGAUUUGCUUGUUCUUCAUUUUAAUCUGUGUAAUUUGGGCUCCCAUGCUGAUGUACAGCAGUGGUAAUCCAACGAACAUUGCAAAUCCCAUCAAUGAUGCCAGUGUUCAGCUCGAUAUCAAGACAGAUGGCGGCAGGUUGACACUAUACCAGACGACUCUAUGCCAAAGAAUUCCGUGGGAUCAGAUUAGCAAUUAUAACAAUCUUGAUCCCGAUGGUUGUCUUGACGCAUAUAACGAGUAUGAUAUCCAAUUGAUUUGCUGUCAAGCCGACUCCAGUAGUUUGUGGCUUGUCCCGGAUGCGGUUCAGAGAAGGUUCACUCAGUCUUUUAACAGCAACAUGGAGAUUAAGUUUUCUUGGGUUCUCGCGAGAGACAGGCCAAAAGGGAAGGAAGUUGUGAAAUACGAUUUAACUGUUGAUCCUCCACAACCGUCAAAAGUCGAGAAAGUUAUAAAUGGCUCUGCCAGUAGCUUUAGAGUCGAAAACAUCUAUCCGAGAUUUUUUCGGGUCACUGGUUCGGGAGAUGUUCGGCCUUUUGAAAAGCAGGAAAUCGAUGUGAGUGCUGAUAUUGUUUUGAAUCGUGGAGUUUCGGAGUGGUGGUCCUUCCACGAUACCAAUUCAUUGGAUGUUAGCGGUUGUGGGGGGUGGACGGGGCCCAUGGCCAUCAUCGUAUCAGAAGAAACUCCACAGGGCUUGCUUGGCGAGACACUUAGCAAGUUUAGUAUCUGGGGUCUCUACAUUACGUUCGUACUAGCAGUUGGCCGGUUUAUCCGGCUUCAGUGCUCCGACUUGCGAAUGAGAAUCCCGUACGAGAAUCUCCCGUCAUGUGACAGAUUGAUUGCCAUCUGUGAGGAUAUUUAUGCUGCGAGAGCCGAGGGCGAGCUUGGAGUCGAGGAGGUCCUGUACUGGACACUCGUGAAGAUUUACAGGUCACCGCACAUGUUGCUGGAGUAUACCAAUCCAGACUAGACCCCGGGAAUCAACCGCUUUUUCAAGUAGCAGGAUUAGUGACUAACACGAACACCUGACUGACAGCGUUCUUAGAUGAGAUUCCAACCAAUACGUUCUUCGUUUUCGCUUUCACAUUUCAGUAAUCGACUUCCCAUGAUUAUAUUAGUUUGAAGCCGGGAAGGAUCGUAUAUGCAUCUAGAGAUACUAGCGAUACGUGUAAAUAUUCAGUUAGAAUGUAAAAUCGAUUUGAAUUGUGUUUGUAAUAUGAUACGAUAUACUUCUAUAGAAGGAAAGUUGAUGUUUUUACCUUUGCAUCAAUGGUACUUUGAUGUUUU